CUUGCAGCGCGAGGCACAACAAAAGUGAAGGUGGUCGAGAGCGCGUACUUGACGGCAAGUCGGCAACUCGCUUGCGUGACGGCAGGUUGUGUCGCGUGCGUGCGGUCCGUGAUGUACAGGUGGUGGUGGCUGGUGGUGCUAGCGGCGAGCGCGGCGGCGGCGGGAACCCGCCUGCCGAGGACUUCGCCGCCCGCGCCCUCGCCCGCGCCCUCGCCCUCUAGCGGCCCUCGCUUGCCGCAGAGGAACUUUACGAUAUCCUCCCGCUCCUCUGUAAGAAACAGAGAACAAUACAUUUUUAAUGUAUUUGAAGUCAUCGUCAGUACCCUGGAAACUAAACUACAAAGAAUUGAAAACCUUGACAAAGCAGUAGAGCAUCUAAUGAGAAGAGUAGAAGCACUUGAUUCAAGAGUUAAUGACAAUAUACAUAAAACAGAUGCAAUAAUAUCCAAACUUGGAAACUUAGACUUUAAACUUUUUAGUCACAUUGCUCAAGGUGAUGAACCGAGUGUAACGGAAAAUGUAAACAGCCGAAGAAACGAUAAUAAAAUCAAUAACGCUCAUAUGCUUGACAAAAAACUCGAGUCUUUAGAUCAAAAAGUUUCUGAUAUUGAUUCUAAAUUAGUAGGACUAAAAACUCAGAUAGAUAAUAACUUCUUGCCAGUUGAUGAUAUCAAUGCAGAAGCAAGUGAAAAGAAACCUAUUAAUCUGAAUGUAAUCGAAAUAGCCAAAAGCCUUAACUCAGAAGUAAUAAAUGAAAUAACAAAAGAAGUUGAUCAACUACGUACUUCAAUGUCAACGGUAGACCGCAAAUUGCAAUUUCAUAUAAAUCUUGUUUCUGAAAAUUUAGGAAAAGUUCUAUAUAUGAUGGCUGAUGUCCAUGCUGCUAUAGUGGAACCAGAAUCUGCUUCUAUAAACGUUAACAACAUAUUUAAAAAUCGCACAGUAACAAGUACACAGUCCCCAGUACAGAAAUCUAGCAAAAUUGAUACGUUAGUCAAUAAAAUAAUACCAAUGAUGAGUGUUUCAGAGAAAAUGGAUGAAGUGUGGGAUGUGGUGGUUGGGACGAAGAGCUCGGUUGAUGAUUUAGUUCCGAAAUCCGACGAACUUUUAACUCAAACACAACGACAAGAGCGUGCUAUUGGACAAAUCCAUAAUGAUUUGCGAUUGAAAACAAAUCUGAUCAUAGAAAAUCUUGAUAUGGUUGAAAAGCGGUUGAAGAAACAGGAAGAUGAUGUAGCUACAUUGGCACAGCGGCCGGUGCCUGCCGAACUACUACUGGAUCCAACUAUCGAUAGACUGGUGGAGUACGCGCCAAACAGAUACAGAGUUGAAGAUCCGUCAACUGAUCCAACUACAAGUACGAUACCGAUGACAACACCUCCCACAUACCUAAUCAACAACAGCCCAACAAUUCCGAGCAACUCAAGUGCAAGUCCGACGAGUGCAACUGUGACUGUCACCCCUGCAACGGGCAGCGCUGGUAACAGUUCGGGCCCGACCAGCCCGCGCCCUACAAGCCGCAAAGGUGGCAUCAUAUUCCCGAGUGUCAAAAACAAGCCGAUCAUCGGAAACAACACAUUCGCUUCGGAGAUCGUCGCCAACUACAAAGACGUCAAAGGCUACUCGUGUGUGGACCUUCUAAACGCUGGUAUGCGAGAGUCGGGUGUCUACUACCUUCAGAUACGAGGCACUACGUAUUGGUUCUUAAAAGUAUACUGCGAACAAAACGUUGCAGAUGGCGGUUGGACGGUUAUCCACAGGCGCGAUGAUUACGGUGUCCCGGCUGAAAAUUUCAACCGUGACUGGAGUGAUUAUAAAAAUGGAUUUGGCGAUCCCAGUAAGGAGUUUUGGUUGGGAAAUGAAAACAUUUACAUGCUGACUAACAAUGACGAUUACAUGCUCAGAGUGGAGUUGGAAGACUUUGACGGCAAUAAAAGAUAUGCGCAGUAUUCGCACUUCAAGAUAUACUCGGAAGCGGAAUACUACAAGUUGGAGAUCGAAGGCUAUGAAGGAAAUGCCGGUGAUUCUCUCAACGACCCCUGGUACGGGUCCAACAAUAGCCCCUUCUCUACAUAUAACAGGGACAACGACCGGUCGUCGCUCAACUGCGCUUCAAUGUUGAAAGGCGGUUGGUGGUGGAAAUCAUGCGGUCGUGGUCUCAACGGACUCUACUUGCACGAUCCACAAGACCUCACAGCAAGACAAGGCAUAGUGUGGUUCCGCUGGAGAGGUUGGGACUACACACUCAAGAGAGCAUCCAUGAUGAUCAAGCCCAAAGGCUUACAACCCAACACAUGAAAAUAUCUCACCCGUCUUUCAUUUAUGUAGUUAUUCAUCUAUUAAUUAAGUCUUUGUUCAAUUGUUACGUGGAUUUUACACUAUUGAUUAAUAUUUAUGCGAUUGCAUUCACACAGACAGGUACAUUUUUGUUUUGCAUUCAAAGUUGGACUUUAAACACCUAAUAAUAAAGUUCAAAAAAUUUUGUAUGACGUAUAAUAUAAGCUAAAUGAGAUUUGUAUGCAUAAAUCUCUAGCAUACACUCAACUAUAUUUUCAUGCUAUCUGAUAUACACAUCCUAGAAAUUAAUUUUAUUUUUCUCCUCGCAUUGUAAAGUUGCAAGCUUUUGUUUUUUAAAUAAUAUUUUCCUGCAAUCAUUAUUAACAAAGAUAUUGAAUCCAUGUAAUGACCUAGAACAUAGCCAGCCGCAUAUCGCUCAAUUCGGUGUAUAGAUCCGUACCAAGUUAUCUAAGUAAUUGUUGUCUUUGUAAAUAAUUCCCUUAGAAAUCAUUCAUACCACAAAUUCACUACAUACCCUUCUUCAAUAUUUGUUUCACCGAUGAGGUCAUGGGACAGAUUUCAUACAUCUAUGAACAUUUACAUGUACAAAAUACAUUUUAUCUUACACUAACUUUGGCAGCUGUUGAUAUAAAAUAUUUCAUUAUUUCAAUUUAAUUAUAAUGAUUGCAGAAAUUUAAUGAACGCAAUAUACUCACUUUUAAAUUAAAAUUAUGACUCAUUUUGUUGUUUGAAGUUUUAGAAUUCUAAUAUAUAAAUUAUUGAUAAGUAGGUACAUAAUUUAAAUUUCGUUUGAUAUGAAAUCUCUCCUUUAGUCUCAUAGGUAUUGUAUAUAACAGCUGAUAAUAUAUUAUCAUUUCACUUUGCCCUUGAGUCUCGAUGUGCCACAACCCAAAUUCAUUAAUUUAUUAUUCAUAACUGUAUAGGUACAUUAAAUUUUCAUUAAUUAGCUUUGUAAUAUUAGUUUGUAAUAUAUGUAAGAAUUAAAUUAAGUUGUAAAUAAAUAUAAUGUCUAUAUGAUUUGAUAAGAUAUAAAAUGACGGUCUAUAUGACUUUUAUGUAUACUAAAUUGUCUAAUUAAGUCGGCAGCUAUAUUUUACGAGUAUUUAUUUAUUAUAUUGAAAGCCCAGUUUACUAAAAUUUUCGUCUUUAAAAAUAAAAUAUUGUCUGACAAUAAUAAAUAUUGUAUCUACUUACAUUUACACAAAAGGGACAAGAUAUCGAUAAUGCAUUCGGUAUAUAAAUACAUAGUUAUGUUAAUUGGAAUUACAUAAUAUAUGUAGGUACCUAAUUAUGUAGUACAUUUAUAUUGUUGUAUUAACAAUUUUCUCAUGAAUAUGUUUUUCACACUUUCAUAUAUUGCAAUGUAAAGUCAUUACUGACGGGUUACGCUUAAAAAUUGAAAAGUACCUAAGCAUCAUUCUGUAAUUUAAUUACCUAUAAGUUUAUCACAGCUAUAAGAAAUUGAAUAUAUUUAGGUAUAUACAAGACUAACUAUACUAAAAGCACAUUCGAUGUGCAUAGUAUAGCAAAAAACAAAUUAAAAAAUCAAUUGCGUCUCGGACCACGCGCAGUGUAGGGUUCCGUAGAUUAAAUUAUCAUUUUUUUCUGGGUUUAUCUGCGAUCGGUAAAAUAACUAGGUAUAAGCAGAUGUGUUCUAUGAUAACUUCGCUUUUCAAAUGUAUUCACCAGUGAGAACAUCUCAUAUUUGUUUUAUAUUAAAUCUAAAUAGUGUGCUUCCUUAUAAGCCUGUUCUGAUAUGUCCUGUGAAUCAGUUUUGAAGCCAGAACAUUUGGACUCAUUAGUCGUGUUUUAUACAUCUGCGAGACGCAGUUUCUCUUCAUUAACAGUUUUCAUCUUUAGUUGCUCGUGAAUCUCGUCAUUCUUUAUGAACCACGGAACACUACAGAUCUUUCUCAAAAUAAAAUUUUGGGUCCUUUUCAGAAUGGUUAAUAUGUUACUAAUUUAAUCUACGGAACCCUACACUGCACGUGGCCCUACACUGCGCUUGGCCCGCAAAUUUUCCUAUACCUGUUUUGUAAGUUUACAUAUAACAUAAGUACUACCUACCUACCUAUAUUAUGUGUUUGGUACUUAACUACCGAUUUGCUUAGAUAGGUAUCUAGGAAGAAGUUGGAGUAAAAAUACCUACUAAUUAUAAUUUUAUUAUAAUAAAUGUGAAAUUCAUUUUUCUCACAAAUCGCGUGAGAGAGCGUUUUUCCAGUCGUAAAAAUUCUCAUGCUCAUAGAAGAGCUCCAGAGAUUAGGACAAACAGACAAAAUUUAAAAAGUAUUUUGAGUUUUAGUAUUGUGUAAAUAAUGGCUAUAUUAUUUUGAAAUUAAAACAAUUUUAAUAAUUUAAAUUGAAUAAUGUAAAUGUAAAAUAAAUAAAUACUUAAAUGUAAAUUUAAAUAUUGAUAGUUCCCUCCUUAGGGUUUUAGAGCUGGACUUAGUCCCGUCACAAUCUUUACCAUUUGAAGGGGGGAAGAAUUAUGGAUUAAAUGCAAUAUGUUGGUUUUAAAUUCACAUUAGGUGUUAUACUUUAUUUUCGCCAGGUAAUUAUCUAAGUCAAAUAUGUACUUAUAUGCAUCGUAUACCUUGUCGACCUUACCUCUGUAUUUCUAGAACUUUUUAUAUAUUAUGUUUGAUGGCUUGACACAGAUAACUGUGAACAUGUACCUACCUUGUUUAAAACAAUAUAUCUGCAUAUUUUUAUAAAAACAAA